UUUCCUUGAUUGUCAUGCAUACCGUCCAUUUGCUGCCAUCGUCAUUCCUGGCCUUGUUUUAACAGAUUGUGUCCAGUUGGAGGUUAAUACUUGAACCGGUUGGGAGUGGAAUAGGGACUUUUUAAGGAUGUCCCGACAACAACUGGCCGUGCAGCGGGCCAGGAAGUCCUUCCAGACGGGGAAAACCAAACCUCUGGAAAGCAGGAUCCACCAGCUGAGGAACCUGCUCCGCUUCGUUACAGAGAGACGGAAGGACAUAGCAGAGGCUGUCAAGAAGGACCUCAGCAAGAGUGAACAUGGGACGGAGCUAUAUGAGACAAUGGGAGUGGAGGGUGAGAUCAAGCUCGCUAUCGAGAAGCUAGCAGAGUGGGCAGCUCCUCGGCCAGUGGAGAAGAGCCUCCUCACCAUAUCGGAUGAGGUCUUCGUGCAUCCCGAGCCCCUUGGAGUGGUCCUCAUCAUUGGUGCUUGGAACUAUCCCUGGGCUGUCACCCUGCAGCCGCUGGUCGGAGCUAUUGCUGCCGGUAAUGCAGCAGUAAUAAAACCAUCUGAGGUCUGCUGUCACUCUGCUAAGGUCAUGGAGGAGCUCCUCCCUCAGUAUCUGGACAAGGACCUGUACCCGGUAGUGACCGGUGGAGUGCCAGAAACCCAGGAGCUGCUCAGGCAGAGAUUUGACCACAUUUUCUACACGGGCAGCAGCGCAGUAGGCAAACUGGUGAUGGAAGCUGCGGCUCGCAACCUCACCCCAGUCACCCUGGAGCUGGGAGGGAAGAGCCCCUGCUACAUCGACAAGAACUGUGACAUCACUGUUGCGUGCCGUCGCAUCACGUGGGGAAAGUUUGUCAACUGUGGACAGACGUGUAUCGCUCCGGACUACGUCCUGUGUGAACCCUCCAUCCAGAACAGAGUACAGGAGGAGAUCAAGAGCUGCAUCAAGGAGUUUUACACAGAUGAUCCAAAGACUUUUGAGGACUACGGACGCAUCAUCAACAAGCGGCAUUUUAAGAGAAUCAUGGCUCUCAUGGAGGGCAGCACAGUUGUUGUUGGUGGAGACUCUGAUGAAUCCCAGUGCUAUAUAGCUCCCACUGUGCUGAAGAACGUUACAGGCGAAUCCAAAGUGAUGAAGGAGGAGAUCUUCGGGCCACUGCUGCCCAUCAUCACAGUGAGCGGUGUGGAUGAGGCCAUCCAAUUUAUUAACGAGAGAGAGAAGCCGCUGGUUAUCUAUGUCUUCUCCAAUGACAACAAGCUGAUCAAAAGAGUAAUAGCUGAGACAUCCAGUGGAGCUCUGCUGGCUAAUGACUGUCUGGUUCACUUUACUGUCAGCUCUCUGCCCUUUGGAGGAGUUGGUAACAGUGGUAUGGGCUGCUACCACGGUCGCUACGGCUUUGACCAGCUGAGCCACAUGCGCAGCUGCCUAAUCAAACAGCUGAAGAUGGAAGGAGUGAACAGCAUGCGUUACCCCCCACACACUGCCAAGAAACUGGGCUGGGCUCGGUUCUUUCUGCUCAAGCAGAUCAAUUUGGGCAGGCUGCGUCGCAUGAUGCUGCUGGCUAUGUUUGUAGGCGUGGCAUCGUUUGUGGUGCAGAGGUUCCUGCGAUGAAGCUCAGCAGGUAGACGGCGCUGUGGCCCGGUGCUGAGGCGAUCCCGGGACAGCCACACGGACUAAUCACCUGUAGUAGAGCACAGCACUGCAGAUGUUUUAUGCUCCAUGAUAUUUCACUGAUAUUUGUUUUUCUUCUGUUAUUGUUGCAUCUCCUUUCUGUUACACGUUUAGCUACACUUUGAGUUUAAUUCUUUGUUUUUCAGUAUUCACUCUGAUUCUGGUAGAUAUUGAAAAUACAAACCUGUCUGUGAUGCUGUGAUUCUUUUAAGAAUAAAAACAAAAUCACUGUUAACUCCUGCUUAAGAGCUAAGCCAGCAAGAUGCCAGUUCUCCGUGUUAAUGUCUGUUCUGUCUGCUAUUGAACAUCAAUAAAAAGUUAAUAGUCAGGGAUUUGCUGAAA